AAACUGCUGCACGAGGUGCUUGGCUUCGAAGAAAACUGAAGAACGUGCGUAUUCACCAACCGCUCCUCACGUCUGCGCAGCUUACCAAAGACGUAGUUAGACGUACUAACCUCAUUUGACAUUGUCGCUGUCAAGGGGUAACAGUAACAGAAAUUACUCUGGUCUGUCUGUUGAGAACACCAUAGUUUGUUCUGUCAUGGACGGUUCGGGAAAAACGCCAAUUAAAUAUACUGACGGAGUGAAUGAAGAUUUAAAAUCAAUUGAAGCGGCUUCUUCGGUUCAGGGCUCCGGUAAAGGCUGUGACUCUUGCCUGAAGAGCAUGGGGGGCUUCAUCCCGCCGGUCUACCGGAAUGAGGUCGUACAACUUUUCAAGCUAGCGGGACCAGUGGUCAUUUCCCAGUUGAUGGUCUUUAUGAUCAGUUUCGUCAGCACUGUGUUCUGUGGUCACCUGGGAAAAACUGAACUUGCAGGAGUGUCAUUAUCAAUUGCGGUGGUUAAUGUCACUGGUAUUUCCAUUGGCACUGGUUUGUCGUUAACAUGCGAUACCCUCAUAUCUCAGACGUAUGGGAGCGGUAACUUGAAGCGUGUGGGUGUGAUUCUCCAGAGGGGGAUUCUGAUUCUGCUGCUGGCCUGUUUCCCCUGCUGGGCUGUCCUCAUCAACACUGAACCCCUCCUACUUGCUGUCAAACAGAGCCCAGAGGUCGCCAGUCUCUCCCAGCUGUAUGUGAAGAUCUUCAUGCCUGCUCUGCCAGCUGCUUUUAUGUACCAGCUGCAACAGAGGUAUCUUCAAAAUCAGGGAAUUAUAUGGCCUCAGGUUAUAACUGGAGCGAUUGGAAAUGUCUUCAACGCAAUCAUCAACUACAUCUUCCUCUACCGUCUGGAUUUGGGCAUUGCUGGAUCUGCAGCAGCCAAUGCUAGCUCACAGUAUUUGCUGGCUGUGGUCUUAUAUGUUUACAUCUGCUGUAGGGGUCUGCAUAAGGCCACAUGGGGAGGUUGGUCACUGGACUGUCUGCAGGAGUGGGGUCCCUUCGUCCAGCUGGCCAUCCCCAGUAUGCUUAUGCUUUGUCUGGAGUGGUGGAUAUUUGAAGUGGGAGGAUUCCUGGCCGGUGUGAUUAGUGAGGCGGAGCUGGGAGCUCAGUCCAUAGCAUAUGAGCUGGCGAUUGUAGCUUACAUGUUCCCAUUAGGGUUCUCUGCUGCUGCCAGUGUGCGGGUUGGGAAUGCUCUUGGUGCAGGAAACACAGAGCAGGCCAAGCUGUCUUGCAAAGUCCCCAUCAUUUGUGCAUUCAUAAUUGCAUGUUUUGUUGGAGCCAGUCUCAGCAUUGCCAGAAAUGUAAUUGGAUACAUUUUCACAUUAGAGCAAGACAUUUUACAGAGGGUUGCUGACGUCAUGAUCAUAUUUUGUUUCAUGCAUCUUGGUGAUGCCGUUGCGGGUGUGGCUGGAGGUGUUCUCAGAGGAGCAGGAAAACAGUUGAUUGGUGCUCUGUGUAAUCUGGUGGGAUACUACUUCAUUGGCUUUCCUAUUGGUGUGACCCUGAUGUUUGCAGCAAAUAUGGGCAUUGUUGGACUAUGGACAGGACUUACCAUUUGUGUUUUAAUGCAGUCCAUUUUCUUCGUCACAUUUGUGUGCAAACUCGAUUGGAACAAGGCUGCUGAAGAGGCUCUUGUGAGAGCAGGAGUCCAGAUCAGAGAAGAAAAAGAGAUGGUCGGGAUGGAAAAUACAGAAUCGAAUCACAACCAGGCUCAGGUCAGUACUACUGCAUCCAAUUGUGAGGGUGCUGAGGAGGACCACACAUACCAGGAGGUUCAUAUUCCAGGCCAGAAUAAAUCCACUACCACUACAGUGGGAGAUGUUCUGUCAAUAAAACAGCUGGUUUUACGGCGUGGCUUCACAUUGCUGCUCAUGGUCGGCAUCCUCGUCGCUGGAGUCAUUGCCAGCAACUUCCUCCUCAGGCUGCUGAAUUGAGUCCUCCGAUGAUGUCAAGCUGGCAGUCAGACUGAUGGUUGUCAGGACUGAUAGCAUAAAAGUCCAUUAAACAAUAUUUUCAUGUUAACACUUGAAUCACCAUGUAGUGGGAAAGGGUUACUCAUGCUGUUGAUCCCAUUGAGGAUCAAUGCCUGAGUCUGCUGCUUUUAGCCAACAACCCUCUCUUAUAUACUUGAACAGCCAUUCUAUGACAGAGAGCUGAAUUAAACAAAGUGAUAUGGGUGAAAUAUCUAGCAAGCCAAAGGGACCCAGAUACUUUUGAGGCGUUAGCGGACUAUACCAGGGCUGAAAUGAGUAUUGUACUUAAAUACAAGUAGCAAAAAAAAGAGGACUUUAAUGGGAUGCUUAUGUUCUGUUUCUGUUAAAUGUUUGAGUAACAUCAUGCAGGUGCGUGCCUACAUGAUAGCCAACACAAAUUUGGUGAAAGUUGAUGUAGUACUAAAUGUUUUUGAGUCAAAUUGUGACCCCUAGAGGGAGAAAUUGCUUAAUGCUACAUUAAUGAAGAAUUUGUUCAGGCAUGCUAUGUUUGUCUCAGUGUUCAAACAUUAUGACCAUUAGCAUCAUAAAAGAGUAAGGUGCUGUACAUCUUUAUGAUUAAAAAGAAAAUUCCAAGAUGUUUUGAUUUCAGAAGAAUAUAAUAUUUGAGAUCUUUACACACUGUGCCUUGGGUUCAAGUGAAUUUAAAGUGCAGACACUUAAAUGUGAGUGUAUUUUUAUAGGUAUUAGUAUAGGUAAAUAGGGACAUCACAUGCCCCACAGUGGGAGAGCUGAGAGUCUUUGUAACAUUAUAUGACAUUAGUACUCCUUAUUUAAUCAUCAAUGGUUUUCUGCAAGACCAAAAGAUAAUGAUGUUAUUUUUUAUUCAGGUUCUUUUUAAGAUAGUGUUACUCUUUUUAUCUAUGUCAAUUGUUGUGGAUAUUGUUGUAGUAUAAACACUGUAUACUCAUAGUAGAGAUGUAGAUCUUCUAUGGUGUAGUAUGCACAUGAAUUACAUUUAAUGUUCUCUAAAUGUGUUCAUCUCAGAAAUACAUCCACCACUUUUUAUUUUGUAUGCCUUUGUCAGCACUGGUAACAAAAUAAAUGAAUAGUGUUUUUCUGCCAAAUACCAAUAACAGUAAUCAAAGUGAAAAUCAGCAAUACUAAUAAGAAGUUAUGUAAGCAAUACAUUGAGAGUAUUUUCUAUAAUGAGUAGUAUUCUCAUCAUUGUCAUCUCAAUAUAAAUAAAUAGUUAAAUGAUUGAUAUAACUGUGUUAUAUGUAUGUGCGUAUUCAGUAGCACCUCACACUAUACCUCAUAUUCAAAUCUGUGUUUCACAGUACACACAAGACUGUAUCAUGGUGUCGACGAUGUCUUUUAACUAGUAUAGUCGGGAGUGAUUUAACACAUCAAGUUCAGUUUAUUCAUCACAGUAGUAUUCGCCCUGUGAAAACAGCUGUAUAAUGUGUUCUGUGUCUUUGGUGGGAGCUUUUCAAAGCACAAUUAAUCAAAAUAUUAUCGAAAUUGCAAUAUGGCCAAGUGCAAUAUCCAAAGCAGAAGCUACAAAUUUUUGAUGAAAGUAAAAUGUGUGACAAAACAUCCUUAAUGAAGGAUAAUGAAGUACUGUAGUGCUGCAGAGAAGCCCUGACCUAAAUCUUGUUCUCCAGAUGAACGAAAACAUGUUUGCUUGGUGCAGACCCCAACAAGUGUCACAUCAUCAUGAUUUCACUAGUUUUUUCAGUGAAAAUGAAAAUUGUGAUGCAAAAAUGAUUCCCACUAUCUCAAAUAAUAUCACAAUCGUAAUCUGUCGUAUUUUUUUUUUUUUUUACCAUAUCAUGCAGCAUCAAAUUGUAAGCCUAAUUGUUUUAAAACCCCAGUUGCAAUGACUAAACAACAAGUAAUUAUUUUAAUGUAAUUCAGUUUUGGCAGUCUGACCUUCCAACAGUGGGUGUGUAAGAACAACAUACAUGCACGUGCAGUUUGGCCUGGACUUGAACUAUUACUUUUAACAGUGACUUUUUAAUAAAACCAUGGUUUUUGGUUGUUCCUUAUUUGGAAAUGACCAUUUUCAUUGUUUCACUAUGGAAAGGAUUGUGUCAGAAUCGUAGUUUGAGUAUCAGUACUGUAACAUUAUAUCCCGCCUCCACAUCUUCUCUACAAAUGUAACCAAGCUAACGUUACCAGAACAGCUGGGCGUGGUGGAACACCCGAUGUCAAAGUAAAUAAAGUCAAAGUGAUGUAACCUACUUGAAUUUAUUAUAGAACCCAUUGCUGUCAUUAGUCUUUGACACAGCAGAAAGGGUUUUUCAAAACAUUUGUCUCUGUUUUGAAUUAUUAAGCUCCUCACUGUUUUCAAGUCAUGAAGUCAUUGUUUUUUAGAGUGGUAUUAAGACUGCUAUUUAGCUAAGUUAACGCUAGCUAGUAUAGCUGUGGACCAAUAAAAGCUAACGUUAAUAUUC